ACAAACGUGAAUCAGUAAGAAUACAUUUCGAAACUCAGUCUCCUCGACAGCGGUAUAUAGAGCUCGCUGCGCUGCCUUGUGGCCCACACACUGUGGAGAUGCUGCGCGCCGCGGUGCUAGCUUGCCUGCUGUGUUGCGGCCUCGCCGCUACCUUGCGGGGGCCCCGCCCCAGAGGGAGCGGCCGCAUCGUCGGCGGCAGCCCGGCCGACAUCUCGGACUACCCGUGGCAGCUGUCGCUGGAGUACAGCGGCUCGCACGUCUGCGGGGCCUCCGUCAUCAGCUCCACGUGGGCCAUGACGGCGGCGCACUGCCUCUACUACUACGAAGCCACCGCCAUCACCGCACGCGCCGGCACUUCCACUCGUGGCAGUGGCGGUACUUUGCACCCCGUGUCUACCGGCUUCACCCACGAAAGCUAUGACAAUGUCUAUAAAGACUACGACAUCGCCCUGCUCCAGGUGUCUACGGCCUUCACGUUCGGCACCAACGUCCAGCCAGUGGACCUGCCGCCCGCGGGCAGCGAUCCCGAGAAGGGAACCCCGGUGGUGGCGACGGGCUGGGGCAUGGAGAAGCACAACGGCGAGCUGAGCACGCAGCUGCAGCAGGUCGAAAGCUUCAUCAUCUCGCGCGAGGUGUGCGACAGCGUCUACGACUUCUGGCCGGUCAACGAGCGCAUGAUCUGCGCCGGCGACCACGGCAUCGUCUGCGACGGCGACUCCGGGGGCGCCCUGGUCAGCGGCACUACCCAGCUGGGCAUCGUCUCCUGGGGGCUCGUCUUCUGCCAGGUCACGCCCGCCGUCUUCACCAACGUGGGCAACCUGCGCUCUUGGAUCUCUGAGAACGCGGGGGUUUAACUGCGUACCGGGCGCCAUUGUACACACCAGUUUAUGAAUAAAUGUAAAAUUAUUGUUUCGUAA